UUCAUUACUGAUUCUUGCAGCUACAGCUUCAUUUCAAAAGUCUCAUAUAAUCCUCCUCUUUUUAACUUUAAACAUUUCUUAUCUCAGUCUCCUUGAAUGUGACCUUAAGGAACACAUUUUCCCCUUGCAAGGCUCUGCUGUUCCUAAUUCGACAGACCUACAGAGGCAGCAGUGACUGCUACUCUGAAGCUCAAGCCCCGUGGAAACAUAGAGGACAUCUUUUGUACCUUUUGACUGAGGGACCAUGGCAAAACCCUUGUGGCUCUCCUUGAUCCUCUUCAUCAUUCCAGUGGCCCUGGCAGUUGGUGUGGAUCAGUCCAAGAAUGAAGUGAAGGCACAGAACUACUUUGGAUCCAUUAAUAUCUCUAAUGCCAAUGUGAAGCAGUGUGUUUGGUUUGCCAUGAAAGAAUACAACAAGGAAAGUGAGGACAAAUAUGUCUUCCUUGUGGACAAGAUACUCCAUGCCAAACUUCAGAUCACAGACCGAAUGGAAUACCAAAUUGAUGUUCAGAUCUCCCGCAGUAAUUGCAAAAAACCUUUAAACAAUACUGAAAACUGCAUCCCUCAAAAAAAACCCGAACUGGAAAAAAAAAUGAGUUGCAGCUUUCUGGUAGGAGCACUUCCCUGGAAUGGCGAGUUCAACCUGUUGAGCAAAGAAUGUAAAGAUGUCUAAGGGUGUCUUGGAGCACCCCUCCCACUUCUGGGUCUGCUUUUCUCUGUAAUAAAGAGCAACCUGUGGUUCAAGUCUGUCACCAACACACUUUCCCCA